AGGAAGAAGAAGGUGGGCAAACAUGAGCCCAGAGCAGAUAAAGAGUCAGAAGCAGAAAAGGCGAAGGCCAAUGCAGCCGUUUGGGAGGCCAGACUUAAGAUGGCGGAACUGUCUCGAACGCAAUACCGUGAUGCCGCUCGAACUUUGGCACACAAUAAUGAAGAGUUGAGUAAGAACCAGUACCAGAUGGAGAAGGACAUGCUGGAAGUCAUUGGCUUCCUGAAGAAACAGGACCUGAAGAAAGAUGAAAUGAUUGAAGAAUUACAGCAACAACUGUCAGCGGAGAAGAAACAGGCAAAUGAAGAGAGACAAGAACUGAUAGAGGAAUUCAAGAAGCAAAUUGCCAACUUGGAAGAGAAAUGUUCCCAGAAGACUCGGCAAAUUCAGAUAAUUCAGGCAGAGUUCAGGAUGAUGAAGGAAUUUCGCAGACGUAAAGCAGAAAUGGAGAAGGAGCUGGAUGAGAUUAAAGAAAGCCUGCGCCGAGCUAACCAUGAGCAUAAAGAGUCACUGGCAGCAAUGGAGAGGCGCUUCUUCCAGGACAAGCAACGCCUGGAGAAAGAGGCAGAGAAGAAAAUUGUGAUGCUGGCAGAAAAAGCUCAUAAUGAGGCCAUCAUGCAGCUGGAUGAUGCAGGAAGAUCUGUCUUCAGGGAGAAUGUACGCCUGAAAGAGGCUAUUUCUUAUCAUGUGGAUGAAGCACGGAAUUUAAAGAAAGCCACCACACAACUGAAGGAGGAGAAGGAGCAUCUACUGCAGGAGAAGGAAACCAGUGAAAAGUUGGUUCAAGAAAAAGUUCUGCAAGUUUCUCAUAAAAACACACAGAUCCAGGAGUUACAGAAGACUGUGCAAACCCUGGAGCAUGCUGUAGAGAUGAGGAUGGAAACAGAGGACAGAAUGCAAAAGAAGCAUCUUCAGAUACAAGGAGAAAACCAGGCAGGAGGUGCAGAACUGCAGAAGCUCCAAAGGCUCUUGGAGAUCAAGGAUCGAGAAAUGAACCGCAUUAAAAAGCUUGCCCACAAUAUCCUACAGGAGAGAACAGAGGUAGAACACUUCUUUCUGGAAGCUCUGGAGCAGGUGAAACAGGAAAUCAAAUCCAGCCAAAACUAUUAUCAGAAGAUGGCACAGGCAGCCUACAACAGCCGUAUGAUGCAGGCAGCUGCGGGAAUAGAGCACUACCCCAAAAUAAGAACCUUCCAUAACAAGGAACACAGUACCAAUGAUGUCAAUCAAGAUCUCCAAGAGGCUGAGAAAUGGUCUCACAUAGAGAGUGGAAAAGUGGACAUUGCAGAUCUAACCUGGGAGCAGAAGGAGAAGGUCCUGAGACUUUUGUUUGCAAAAAUGAAUGCUUCGGUUCCCCGGUAA